AGUAACUUUUGUACGACAUAGUUAAUUGGAAUUAUACCUAAUUUUAAGUGUCAAUAAUGCCCUGUUAUGGAGGGUGAAGUAGCUGGAAGUGCCUACAUUUAUUAAUAAGUAAUCCUUUCCUCUAACUAACGAGUAACGGUACGUGUACUGCUGAGCUAUUUUUUUAAGGAAAAAUGACAAGCGUCAAGAGAUGCUCAAUUAUUAUGGCUGGUACAUGUAGCUGAUAAAGACUUCAUCUCAAUCAGCAAGAUGGCGUAUCAUCCUCAGCUAAUCCUCCUUGGUAUCAUCUGUUGUCAGAUGAUCUCCUUGAUCCCAGGAGCUUACAGCCAAGUUGAGAAUAUCACUCUCCAAGUUGAUUCCCCAAGCUCCAAUCCAUCAUUCCAGGGUUUUCCAUCUUUAUACCUCAGCGAUAAAUUCAACAUCACCAUCGAAGUGCUAUUUGGAAGCAUAGGAGAACAAACAAAACUGUCUUUAAAAACUCCAGAUGAAUUUGACAUGGUGUCUUCGGAUAAUCUAACAAUAUCGUACGGCAGUAACUUAGUUAAAAAUGACUCCUCUCAGGUGACUUCAUUAAGAACACAGUUAGAUGUGACAUUUGGAUUUGUUGACAUUAUCAACGGUACAAACGAAAUCAGGUCUGAAAAUACUAUUUAUUUAGUCUACCCAGUUUUUGUGCAAAACUUCCAAGACUCUGGGUAUCUGUUCAACAUAACACUUAGUGUUGAGUAUGGAUCAGCUUAUGAGAAUGUGACGACUGUUUCUAGAGUGUUGAGUUAUCGAGGACCAGAGGUGAACAUUACAGAAACACUGCAGACGGCAUCGGGUCAAACCUUCAACUUUGAUCGAGAGUUGCAAACAUCGGUCUCGUUUAAGAUCCCACCUGGCUCGUGGAAUAUGUCUGAAACUCAAAUUGUUUUGGAUUUCACCUCUGUAGAUAUACCCUUGAUUAACCUUGAUGUCCUUUCCUGCGUGGCGUCUUCAAACAGCCCAAACAUCACCUUCUCCAACCCAGGCAGCCAAAAUGUGACAUCAGUCAAUGACACCACACUGACAACAGCAUACAUCACUACCCAGACUGGUACAGGGAGCGUCAGUAGACGUAAGAGGGACGCCUCUUCAGUAGGAAGUAUUGCAGAAACUAGUCUAGUGUGGAACCUUUAUGAGAUUGCAAAUGUCGGGGAUCAAGAUGAGAUUGUGGAUUUCUUGGUGACUGGUGUGAUACGUCAAACAGAAAACAUGACAACUGGUAAACAGAUAUCGUAUUCCUUCUCUAUGAACUUGAAUGAGGAGUGGAUACCGUUUAACAGUGACGUACUGACCAUCUGGGAGCCAGAUCUAAUGAUAGACAAGACAGUAUCUGUGCUCUCAACGGAAGUAGCUGGAGAUGACUACACACUGAAUUAUCUCCUCUUCACUGCAACUCUGUACCACUCCAACCUAUCCACUGCCCCAGCAUAUGGCAUUGUCUUUACUGACAAUGUAGAUGGACUUAGAUUGGAGUACUUCAAGGACUUGGUUCCAGCUUACGGAACUGAUGGGUUUGUCACGACGGCAGAAGAGCUUGUUUACCAAGUAGAGGAGUUGCCAUUGGGUGGUACACUGACCAUCUCCUACAAGGCAUAUUUCACCGCCGACACUGUGACCAACCUUAUUGGUCAAUCCAUGACACGGGCUACCAUAGCAACCUGGCAUUCCAUGCCAACACAAGAAAUUACAACAGAGUAUCCUGGUCGGUCUUAUGGUCCCAUAUCUGCUGAGACCUGCGUCGAUCUCAACGAGACUCAAGAGGAGAGCGUUCUCCUCAAUCACGGUCUGGCUGCCGUCUUCUUCUUCGUUGCUCUCCUGAUUGGUUGCAUCAUCGUAGCCAUCAUCGUCUUAAUCGUCAUCAAGUGCUGUAGGAGGGGACCGUAUGCCACUGUGCAACCAACUGGGAAGUAUGCGUCAGGAAGCCCUAGUAAGCAGGCUGGGCUCGUUAUGAGUCCAAGAGGAGGGGCUAAGUCUGGUUUGUCAACCCUCAAAGAACAUUGUUUGAUCGCUAUUGAUGACAGCAUUGUUCUAGUUCUAGCUCUUAAGGAUAAGAUGAGAAAGAUGCUGGAAUUUGAUAAUCUGGAUAUCUGGUGGACCAUCACAAUAGACAUUCAGCUUGAACAACAGCGUCUGGAUGCCAUGGUCGAUUCCAUCAUCAACCUCAUCAAUAAAUGGACAGCAGAGGGCGCUAUACCCAAGAAGGUCUCCGACAAGAGUAACAAGAAGUUGCAGCGCAAAAUGAAGGACUUGAAUAAGACACUGGAGGAUGAGUAUAAAGAAGAAUGUCGAGAACUCAGCAAGAGAUUGAGCACUCAAAAUAAGGGCAAGCUUGCUGACUUGCAGAAGAAGCACAAAACGGAAUAUAACGGCAUUUUGACCAAGACUAAAGGAAUGACAGAACAGGAGAGGAAGGAGAUAAUGUCACUGCUACGGAAGCAACAUGAAGCUGAAAAGAAUGAAGUGACUCAGGCAUUGAAAAUGCAGCAAGAUGAGCUACAAGAAAAGACAAGAAAGGAGAUUGCGAUUCGCAAACGUCUUGCAGUCAAAGCUUUACAACAAGAAUGUCUGGAUGAAGUCAUUCUACAAUCUAAACUAGAUAAGAAUGCAGCAAUGAGGUUACUUCGAGAACAUCACAGUAACACAGCGGAUCUAGAAUCAGCUAUGGACAACGAGUUGUCACGGCAACGGAUGCUGCUGGAAGAGAAGCUCGCCAAGAGGCGAGCCCUUGUUCAGUCAAAUGAAUCGUUCGAAGAUCAUAACAGACAGCUCCUAAACACCAUGGCAACCCAGACACUCGGCGCCAUUGAUAAUCUAGAAAAAGAUGACAAAAUAACGGAGGAGCAAGCUGAACGCUACGUGGAGAAACUACGGCAGGAAUUCAUGGCAGCUAAGGCCGCCUACGAUAAGGAAAGAGGGAAACAAGAAGAUGGAUUGCACAAGAGGAUGAGUGAACUCAAGAGACGGAAACUAGAUGAAAGGGCACGCGAACACAAACAGCAACUGGAUCAAUUUGAAAAAGAGCAAAAGUCAAAACUUGAGAACAACAAUUUAGAUCCAUCACAAUACACAGAAGCCAAAUUGAAUCUCCUUGCUUCACAUCGGACUGAGAUGCAUGAGUUAGAGUUAUCUCUCGAUGACGACGCCGGCAAACAACUUGAAGAGCUUCAUAAACAACUUGCAAAUCAAACCAAGACAAAGAUUAAUGAGAACAAGCAGGGAUUAUUCAAAGAACUCAUGAGUCAAGGGAUGACUGAACGUCUGAAGAAUGAAAUUUUAGAGCAGCAUGAGCGAGAUGUUGAGCGACUGAGUGAGGAGCAUGACGAACAGAGGAUGAAACAAGACAGACUUCUCAAGAAACGUCUUGCUAAGCACCGUCAAGAAUGGAUCAAGCGCAAACAAGAUGAGAAGCAAGAACAACAAAUGAUCAGAGAUCAUGAAGAAAAGGUGGUCGGCCACAUCUUGGCGUCUCAGCUGGCGAUAUCCGAAGAGGAUCGUCAACGCAUCCUUGAUGAGCAUGAGAAGCAACAGGUUGCGUUAGAGAGCAGCCUGGCCUUCAGUAAGCUCAGACAACGCAGGCUACUCGAGGAGAAACUCGCUCAGAAGCGGGCCAGGCAUAUGGCAAAACUACAGAAGAAACAAGAGCAAGAAGUCCAGCGUGACGCACGUAAGAGGCAGCUAGCUGAGAGUGAUGAGGAAGAAGAUGAUGAAAGUCAACAAGAGCUGAUGAAGAAACAUGCUGAAGAGAAGAUAGCAUUACUCACUGAUGACAGUAAUGAGGACUUUGAAGAUGAAUUGGAAGCUGUGAGGGUUGAGAUGAUGCAAGAACGAGUAGGAGCGCUUCAAGAACAAGAGGAACAACUAGGAACUCUGGUUGCUAAGCUACAACUGGAGAGGUCAAGAGAGAUGGCUACAAUAGAAGAACAGCAGAAAGCUCUCUGGCAACUUAAGAUGAACAUGCUGGACAAUAUGACAGAGAAUGGAAUCCUUCGUAAUGCUGACUGUAAAAAAGUUAUUGAUACUCAUCAAAAGGAAGCCAAAAAUCUGGAGAACAAGUUGAACGCAGAGCGUGAGAAACAAGAGAAAGAGUUCAAGCGUCGGCUACGCGAGAAGCUAGCUGAUCGGGAGUUGAUGUUUACCAGUAAACAAGAGGAAGAACUGAGGUUCUUGGUGGAGAACGAGAAGAAUAAGACGUCAGCAAGAUUGAAACGAGUCGCUCUGAAACAUAAACAUCUAAUGCAGAUGGAGGAGUUCAGGCAUAAUCUUGAGGUUGAAGUGAACCAAGCUCUUGAGGAUCUAAGGAGACAGUUUGAGAUUAACAGACUCAAGCAACUACAAGAACAGGAGCUUCAGUUUAUCUCUGGUUUGGUCAAGCAUGGCGGCUUCAACUCGACUGAGCUGCGGAACGUCUUAUUUCUCCUGUUUCCUGGUAAGACACAGGAGGAGCUGGCACCUCUACUCAGGAGGAUGUACAAUAAAGAGGAAGGAGAGGAUAUUGAGGAGGAUGAAGGAGAUAGUCUUGAUAAUGGAAACAAGAAAAGGGCCUCAUCAAAUCGGAGCCUGGAGACAAACAGGAAAAAUACAAAUUCAGAAAGCCGCUUGGAGGAGAAGAUCCAGCUGAGCAUUCUGGGUAAUGUGAGUAGUUCAGCAGUCUCAACACCCACCAGAGAGAAGAGGAAACCCAGCAAGCUCCUCGGCAGGCUCAAGAAGAACAAACAGAAAAAGAAGAAACUGGCUCCCAUCAGGAAUGACCAAGAUCCCUACGAUAGACCCUACCAAGGUGAUGCGCUACCAGGGAUCGGGAUGGCUAGACCGGAUCCUCUAGGUGGGGUAGGGACACCUGAUGAAGAUUCAGAAGGAGAUAGAAGAAAGAGGUUGGAUUCUGAUUCGAAUGAGGAGGAGGAACGGAGGCCACUCAAGAAGCAAGGGAGACCUCAGGGCAAAUCAGACUAUUCUUAUUAGACAUCAUCAUUCUCUGUGGUCCAUCAAGGGGGACGUACAUGUAGAGCGGCCCAAACCAAACGAUUUGUUGCAGACUGCCACAGCUGCUGUGCCGGUGAGUCAUGGUCCACUUCUAGCUGGCCCAACCAGGUGUUGGGUGAUUGCCCUCUGGGUCUCUUCCAGGCUGGGCCAGACUUAGACAACGAGACCAAUUUCAUGGCUUUGUUUACUCUAAGCAAAGAAUCUGCGCUUACUAAAGCAGAGAAUUUUGCGCUAACGUCAAUUUCAUGGGUUAUUAGGAAAUUUUUGCCCUCUGAGUAUGUGUUCUCCACAUUACUUAGUUUUUAGACAUUCUUCGCUUACACAGCUAUAGUGCAGAAAUUUGUUAUGCUUGCACAGUAAGCAGCGGAUGGUGGUUGUAAAUGCAGAAUGCGGUGAAGCAGAGCCAUGAAAUAGGGGCCCAGACCAACAUAACAAUUGCAGGGCUAAACUUUUACACUGGACCACAUGCCUGAGGCCAUAGUUAUGGUGUUGGACCAGGAAACUUUUUACUGGACAAAAAGUUUGGUGGUCUUGUUUUUUUUUGUAAUUUAAUAUCAAUGAAGCAUAAUUUGUUUUACAGUACCUGCUUGACUGUAUAACUGUUUGUAUUUUGUAGCAUUCUUCUUUUAUGUCUUUUUUUGUGUUAAUUCUUUGCAAAAACUUGAGGACCUUUUUUGUGGAGACGAAAUAUUGUUCAUAUCUUCAUUUCAUACAUGUCAUAAGUAAUAUUAUUAAUAGUUAGUGCCUUCAAUCCAAUGUAACUUUGAGACUUCAUAACAGGCAGGGAGGUCUCAAUGUUUCUUAUUUCUUGAGUUGAUCCUCAAAAACAGAAUUUUCAAUGCAUUUUAUUUUACACUUUGAAGCAACGGUUCACCGAAGGUAGUUUUUUUUUAUGAUAGGCCUACUUUAACUGAAGUUGACAUACAAGUAUGAUCAUAAGCCUUUUUGAGAUAUGGUGGACACAAUGCUACCACACAGUAAAGUUGUG